AUGGGAGGCCGCGACAGACCGCAAACGGGAGGAAGGGCGAGGUUCAUUUCCGGGUUCGGCGAGCGGGAGGCGGAGUCCAUCGGUCGAGAAUCCAACGUCUUUCCACCUGGCGCUUUGGUCGGCCACCCUGCACUAAGACUACGUCCUGCCGACGCAAGCCCAGGUUACAUACGAUCCCGAUCGCCUGUCGUUCGUUUCUCUCCCUUUUUCCCUGGAGUCACCACCGCUUCGAUCUUUGGUUAUUUUGUGCUUCAGCGCACCCUGCGAUCCCUUGACUCCCGACUUGAUCACCAUCUCCUGCCACAUCCGCCUCUGAACCCGCUUUUCUCGCCGCGAAGUUCUGGAGGGAGCUUAGCCUGGGGCUGUCUCGGCGGGAUCCAGGGUCUACUGCAAGCCAUGAAUAGGCAUCACGCCUUUGCUAACGGGUACGCUGCUUACCCUCGGGGGCAGCAGGGCGGUACCUUCUCGAUCUCUCCUCAUCGUUUCCAACCGCGUCCCCAACCCGCCCUGCGACGACGAAGACAACUCAUCCAUCGAUUAUGUUUCUUCGGAGGUAUCUCGUUGUUCCUCCUGGUCCUAAUAUUUCCUUCCUGGCGGGCUGCACUGCUGCCGGCGUUCUCCCUCGGGCUGGUCUCAUCCAGCGAUGACCUACACAUUCAAACAACGCGAUAUUACGACCUGUCCAAGACGCAGGGUACGGGAAGUGGCUGGGAAAAUGAAGAGCGUGUCCUCAUGUGCACACCUCUCCGAGAUGCCUCGUCGCAUCUACCGAUGUUCUUCUCGCAUCUCCGAAAUCUGACGUACCCGCACAACCUCAUAGACUUGGCGUUCCUGGUUUCGGACUCGAAGGACGGGACACUAGAAAUGUUGUCGAGCAUGCUGGAUGAUCUUCAGAAUGACGCCGAUCCCAAGAUGACCUUUGGCGAAAUCUCAGUCAUUCAAAAGGAUUUCGGUCAGAAAGUCACGCAGGAUGUAGAAAGCAGGCAUGGUUUCGCUGCUCAAGCGGGGCGAAGAAAGUUGAUGGCCCAGGCACGGAAUUGGCUGCUGAGCGCCACUCUUCGUCCGACUCACAGCUGGGUUUAUUGGAGAGAUGCGGAUGUCCAGACGGCACCGUCCACUAUUAUAGAAGAUCUCAUGCGACACGACAAGGAUGUUAUUGUGCCGAAUGUUUGGCGACCCUUGCCCGACUGGCUAGGCGGAGAACAACCCUACGACCUAAACUCUUGGCAGGAAUCGGAUACGGCCUUGGCCUUGGCCGAAACGUUGGAUGAAGAUGCAGUGAUUGUGGAAGGAUAUGCCGAGUACGCAACGUGGCGGCCUCACUUGGCCUACCUCCGCGAUCCUUACGGCGAUGGCGAUAUGGAAAUGGAGUUAGAUGGCGUCGGUGGCGUCAGUAUACUUGCGAAAGCGAGGGUAUUUCGUGCCGGAGUCCAUUUCCCGGCUUUCAGCUUCGAGAAGCACGCAGAAACCGAGGGUUUUGGCAAGAUGGCUAAACGUAUGGGAUUCUCUGUUAUCGGCCUGCCGCACUACACCAUCUGGCAUCUUUACGAGCCCAGCGUGGACGAUCUCCGACACAUGGAGGAAAUGGAACAAGAACGAAAGGCCCGCGAGAAAGAAGAAAAGGAGCAGGCCGAACGGAAGGAACGGGUUCAGAAUAUGUUCGAAGACACCAGGACCCAGUGGGAGAUCGACAAUGCGUUCGUCCGUGAUUCGAUCGAAGAGGAGCAAAGGGAGCAGAAAGCCUCAGAGCCUGUGUCCAACGAAGACCCGAAAGCGCCUGGGAACAGGCCUGCCGCAAAGGAGGCGCCCGAGCAGAAAGACCCGAAAGAUCCGAAGAUGCCGGAGCCAUUGAAGGACAAUGACAUCCAGAACUCCGGAGAGGUUCCCGCCAUCAAACCGGCCAAGGGACGUGUCGAUACCAUAGACAAUGAACAAACCAAACCUUGA